AUGGCCGCCCCGUCAGUUUCACCUUUGUUUAUCCCAAAAUUGGGGGUUGAGCAGAAUCCCCAAGAUGUCGAAUGGCUCAUCGACACAGUCCAUGCUCCAUGCAAAGGUCUGACCAGCAGUCUUAUUGAAAGUUGGUUGCAUACAGAGCAACGGAACCACUUGGAUCUUAUUCAAGCUGCUUGGUCUGUCUCGCUUCGGUCCUAUACUGGAUCCAAUGAUGUCUGGUUUGACAGCCUGGACUCGACAAAAAUCCACCGCCAUGUUUCACCUUCCAACCAAGUCCGAAGCCUUUUCGAUGCACAAACCGUGGAGUUGCACAAGGAGAACAGCACUGCUGGACUGGGAGCCAACUCGGCUGUCUUUGUUAGCAAAGAAACUGAAGAGAAAUGUGAAAAUGCCAGACUUGAUGCCCUGAGAGAGUUCGACCUCACCGUCUACUUCUCGCCCGGAACCGAGACAAAAUGCCCUGAGAUUGGGAUUCAUCACAAACCUUCGGUCAUAUCGACAGACUUAGCGACAAUGGUGGCAGAGACAACGGCCAAGAUAGUUGAAGACAUCGUUUUCCACACCGACUCUUUGAUUGAAACACUCGACAUAUGCAGUGAUGCAGACAUUAACUGUCUACUUCGAUGGAAUAAAGGACCCGGUGGUGAUGUUCUCGCCCCACAGUGCAUACAUCACAUAAUUUCCCAGCGAUGUGCUACUCAGGGAGAUUGCAUUGCCGUAUCAGCUUGGGAUGGAGACCUCACUUAUGCAGAGUUGGAUGAAAUGUCCUCGAUUGUUGCAGUGCACCUACAAAACCUCGGCGUUCGCCCGGAUACCUUUGUUCCCCUGGUUUUUGAGAAAUCAAAAUGGGCUAUCAUCUCGCUCUUGGGCGUCUUAAAAGCCGGGGCCGCCUAUUUCUUCGUCAAUACAUCCAACCCAAUCGAGUACACCCGACGCUUAUGCUCAUCUCUAUGUCCUGUACUUGGACUAUGCUCUACAGAGCAGAAAGCACUAGCCAACUAUUUUGCUGUCAAUUUUAUUCCUAUCGGGGACGAUUUCUUUGGAUCCCAGAUCCCAUCGACUAGUGAGAAGGUCUGCACACAGUCCAGUUCUGAGAUGAGCCCUUCGAAUGCCAUGUACAUCACCUUCACAUCUGGCACCACUGGUAUGCCAAAAGGCAUAAUCACAGAUCACUCGGCUUUCCACUCAAUGGCCAUGGCCAAUGGACGAAAGCUCCAGAUUUCUUCAGAAACGAGAAUGUUGCAGUUUGCAUCGUACUCAUUCGAUGUCAGCAAUCGGGAUAUGCUCAUUACACUCAUCUUUGGCGGGUGUAUCUGUGUUCCCUCUGAAAUGGAUCGUCUCAAUGAUCUCUCGGGAUUCAUGAACCGCAAAUCUGUCAAUGUAGCAAGCCUGACGCCGUCUCUGGCCAGUACCCUGACUCCUGCUUUGUGUCCCAGUCUUCAAACAUUGGUCCUUGGAGGUGAACCUCUGACAGAAAGUCAUGUUUCUGCGUGGGCCAAACACGUACGACUUUUCAAUGCCUAUGGAGUGAGCGAAAGCUCGGGAAUAGCGGCUCUGGCCUCCAAUAUUCAACCAAAUGGUCCUGCAGGCAACAUUGGCUUCGGAUGUGGAUCAACUUUAUGGGUUGCUGCACUUGAUCAGCCCGAUAAGUUGGCACCAAUUGGUGCCCUGGGAGAAUUAGUGAUCGAGGGCCCGUCUGUUGCGCGUGGCUAUUUGGGCGACGAGGAGCGCACCCAGAAACAGUUCAAAUGGAACCCCUCCUGGAAGAAGAGAAUUGAUGAGCACUCUGGAGAGAGCUAUUCAUGGAACCGGAUAUUCCACACAGGCGAUUUGGUGCGUUACAACCUUGACGGGUCGCUGCAAUUUCUAGGACGAAAAGACCAUCAGGUGAAGAUCAACGGACAGCGACUGGAGCUCCCGGCAGUCGAGCAUCACUUGUCAGCAUAUCCCCACGCCGUUAAAGCCGGCUUUUCUCAUGUUGCCGCCGUUACUGCCAAGAACCAGGUAAAUGGCACCAUAAAACUUCUCGCGUUUCUGGGCCUUGGUACUUCCAGGGAGUCAAACAGCAUCCAUGAGGUUCUCUCUGGGGAGUUGAAGGACAGGGAUUCUCUCAAAGCAGAGCUGAAACAGCAUCUCUUGCGUUCUUUGCCUAAGUUCAUGGUUCCAGCGGAUUUGAUAUUCUUGCAAGACAUGCCACUCACAACAUCCGGCAAAAUCAACCGACUCCUUCUCCAACAAACAGCUGCACACGUACUGUACGGAGACAAGGAGGAACGCUCCGACCGGUCUGAUGCGACCGGUAGCGCGAUGGCGACGACGCCAGGGCGGAGAGCUCUUGUGCAAUCGUGGGCCCAGAACCUGGGUAUCAAAUCUGCCAGCAUCACGGAACACGACUGUUUCUUUCAGCUUGGCGGAGACUCUAUCGCAGCAAUCAAAAUGUCUGCCAGUCUUCGACAAGAGGGCUACAUCAUAUCAGUGUCUGAUAUCUUCAAGUCACCGACCUUCUCGGACAUGGCCUCGGUGUUGAUCAAGGAUGAUGGAAAAUUUCAAUCAACAACGCUUGCGCCUUUUUUGUUGAUUCAAAACUCUCAGACCAUUCUCGAUGCAAUUCUGGAAGAAUUGAACACGGGAAUCGAUCAAAUCGAAGAUGUAUAUCCCUGUACGCACAUGCAGCAAGGAUUGAUAGCCCUGACAGCCCAAAGCUCUGAUGCAUAUAUCGGCAGCUACACCUGGCAGUUGGCGGAAACGCUUGAUGCUGAGAAAUUCAAAGAUGCAUGGAAAGUGGCCUGGCUUCACAACCCGAUUCUCCGAACAAGAAUAUUGCAGAUACCCGAAGGCCUCUUCCAAGUUGUCACAAAAACUGAAAUACCCUGGCGCGUUGGCACUGAAAUUGUUGGCACUGAGGAAGUGAAGGAAUUGGGAGGUAUUGAUAUUACUCACGGGCCACUUCUCCGAUUUUACCUCGACAAGGAAAAUUUCCGCCUUGAUAUUCAUCAUUCUCUGUUCGAUGAAUGGUCACUUGACUUGAUCAUGAAACAAGUUGAGCGUGCUUACGUCGGUGAGAACCUUUCUCUGCAUCCGUUCAGCCCAUUCGUUCAACACCUUCUAUCUGACAGUGGACCUGCCACGGAGGACUUCUGGCGCCAGGAGUUUUCUGGUCUGCAGGCAGAGCAUUUCCCGCCUAACACAUCCGGCCCAUCGGAUGUUGGACAUCCGGCCGAGAAGAUAGUGCUAGAGCAUAGCCUACAGCUUGAUACUGAGCUUCCAACCAAGUUCACGCUCACUUCCAUCGUGCGGCUUGCAUGGGCUAUCGUCUUGUGGCAUCACACGGGUAACCAGGACGUUGUGUUUGGAGCCACCGUUAGUGGUCGUAAUGCGAACCUUGAUGGAAUUGAUCAACUGAGCGGACCAACCUUGGCAACACUACCUGUGCGUGUCAAGGUCCCAACGCAUCGAUCUGUCCAUGACGGCCUGUCGCAGGUUCAAGCCCAGUUUGUCAACAUGAUGGUGCAUGAGCAAACCGGACUGUCUUGUAUUCGCCAAACUGGAAAAGAGGCUGCUGAGGCUUGUAACUUCCAGAACCUCCUGGUCGUUCAGCCGUUUGAGGAGCGCACCACCUCUCGCAUGUUCAAACAAACAAGCAACUCAGCCUCUUCGGAAAAUUCGAAGGCAUUUGCUAGCUACCCAAUGGUGCUAGUAUGUCGCCCAGAAGAAAAUGCAAUCCAUUUAAAGGCGGCAUUUGACCCUACUCUUCUAGCACCCGACGCAGGAAAGAGUCUUCUCAGACAGAUGGCACAUGUCAUCCAGCAGCUCACAACUUCUCAGUCAAUGUGCAUUGAGAAUUUGAACAUGGUUCCUCCGGAGGAUAUGAACAUGUUGAAGAAAUGGAACCAAGUGCUCCCCAAAGCUGUGGACGCCUGCAUCCACGAUCGCAUCCGCGAAAUGUGCAUCACACAGCCAGAGGCACUCGCUGUGCAUUCUGAUAACCUCGAUCUGACAUAUUCACAGCUUGAGAAUUGUUCCAGUCAGUUUGCACGACACUUGAUUAACAAUGGAAUCAGGCCUGGUGACUUCGUGCCUCUCUUGUUAGAAAGAUCCCCUUGGGUCCCAGUGAUCAUGCUAGCCGUUUUGAAGACAGGCGCUGCGUUUGUGCUUCUCGACCUUUCACAUCCUGCUCAGAGGCUGCGCACGAUGUGUUCAAAGGUUGAUGCCAAGGUUAUCGUCUCUUUUAAGGAGCACGCCAAGAUGAUUGAAGAUCCUCGACUUUCGCAGGUCAUCUUCGACCCCAAAGCUCAAUUACUGAAUCCGAAUAAAGAGACACUUGCCUCUUUUACUGAGCUACCAGCUGGAUUUACUUCCCCUGGUGCCCCUGCGGGUGUUGUAUUCAGCUCGGGAUCUACCGGGCUACCCAAAGGCAUCAUUCUUCAACACAGUGCCCUCAGCUCAAGCGCGGCUGCCAUGCGCGAGCAUGGAAUGCUCUCUCCUCACAGCCGUGUAUUCCAUUUCGCCUCAUAUGCAUUCGACAUCAGCAUUGGUGAGAUUCUGUUCACCCUUGCAGCAGGAGCAUGUGUGUGUGUUCCUCACGAGGAGGAUCGAAGGGGAAAUCCAGCAAAAGCGGCAGGUGACCUUCAAGUCACCUGGGCACUCUUGACUCCCUCUGUUAUCAAUCUGUUUGAUCCUUCGGAUGUUCCCACUUUGGAGGUCCUUGGCUCAGCUGGUGAGCCCCUCACUCCGCAAAUCGUGGACAUGUGGGCCGCCAAGGUGCAACUAUUCGGAAUGUAUGCACCGGCUGAAUGUACCGUGAUCUCUCACAUCGCGCGAAUUUGGCCUGACACCCACCACUCCAACGUUGGUCAUAGUCAUGCAGCAGUUUCUUGGGUCACUGACCCAUCUGAGCACAAUCGAUUGGUUCCCAUUGGCACGGUCGGUGAGCUGAUCGUUGAAGGUCCGACGGUUUCGUCGGGGUACAUCAACGAUCCAGAGAAGACAGCAAGUGUCUUCAUUGCCAGUCCACCUUGGCUGACUGAGCUCCGGUCAAAUACCGGAAGACUUUACAAAACGGGAGACCUUGUCAGACAGACCUCUGAUGGCUCGCUUCUGUUUGUUGGAAGAAAAGACGAUCAGGUCAAAUUGCACGGACAAAGACUUGAGGUGGGAGAAGUCGAACACUGCAUCACUUCAUCAUGCCCGGAAAUCAGAGUCGCCGCUGUGGAGUGUAUCAAGAUUCCCGGACAAAAUAACCGAGCUUCGCUGGUUGCCUUCAUUUGUCCCCAGACGGAUGGUGAAUGGGGGCAGUACUUGAACGACGAAUCAUUGGAACUCUGUGGCUUGCAAUUGGUUGGGAAACCAACCGAUCUGUUCUAUUCGAUCAUUCAAUCAUUGGAAAAUUCCCUGAGAGAGCUUCUUCCAGCAUACAUGGUUCCAUCAUUCUUCAUUCCGAUUGCGGAUCUUCCUCUCAGCUUAUCAGGCAAAGUCAAUCGACGACUACUUCGGGAAAAGUCCACAGGUUGGCCACUCCAGAGGUUGGAGGUUUAUCAGUUGAAACGCAGCACUCUCCCAGAAGAAGACAUUCCCAUCACUGCACGUGGUCGAGAUGUUCAAGAAAUCGUGGGCCAGGCUUUGCAUUUGGAUCCUGCAUCGAUAUCUAUGAACGGCAACUUCUUUGGAUUAGGUGGUGAUUCGAUCUCCGCUAUGCAGGUUUCCAUGCUGGCAAGGCGCAAAGGAUUACGCCUGUCCGUUGCAGAUAUCUUCGUGCAGCAAACAAUCUCGGGCAUUGCUUCAAAAUGCACCGCAGAUAAUGAAGGUACUGCCAAGGCCUCCAAGAGUGUCUCGUCUGGACAAGCCAUUAAAUCAUCGGACUAUCGUCAACUCCCCUCUAGUCUCCAGAAAGAGAUUGCCGAUAAUGUUGUGGAGGUCAUCCCCGCCACUGAAUUCCAAACGAUGACACUACACAACUUUUACAGCCGAUACCUCUGGAUCUCACUGCCAAAAGAAGUCAAUCGAGAGCUUCUAUUGAAUGCUUGUGAUCAACUUGUUCAAAAGCACUCCAUAUUGCGCACUGUCUUUUACCCAAAUGAUGACCGCUCUCUCAUGCAACUUACGCUCCGCAAUAUUGACGUUCACUUUUUUGAAUACCCCGAUGUCAAGAACUUGGAAAAGCAUUGCGCUGAUGACUCUAUCGCCAUGGACGUACCUAUCAACGGCGAGGUAGGCUUCCAGUUACAGCUCCUGACCUUGACAGACUCACGGAUGUUCCUCGCUAUCCGUUUGCCUCAUGCUCUCUUUGAUGGUAUCUCUUUGGAUGUCAUUUGCAGUGACCUCACCUCUGUCUACGACGGAGAUUUGGCUCCGGCCUGUGCUCAAUUCUCGGAUCACGUCCAGCAUGUUUCGGAGAAGAGGUCCCCUGAGACCUACGGUGUAUGGAGAGAGGUUUUGGGAGGUGCUCCGAUGACGAAGUUGGACAGCAAUUCUCUUCGCAACUGGGACAGACUCCGCUACAAUGAGAUGCCGAAAAUUGGAGCGGAGACGGAAGAGCCACAAGUGGUGACAGCAAUUGCAGAGACUUUGCCAAUCUCUCCACCUGCUAACAUCACCACGGCGACAUUGGUCAAACUGGCUUGGGCAAUCACACUUUCUCGAUUGUUCACCCCAAACAAGGAAAAUGAUGGAAGCGAGCAGGGCUUGAACGAUGUUGUGUUUGGCCAGGUGAUUCAUGGUCGAGGCCUUGGAAUCCCCCAUGAAGACCGCAUUGUCGGUCCUUGUAUCAACAUUAUCCCCGUUCGGGUGAAUUUCCCACAGCAAUCUGACAAGCAUGGGCUCCUCAACCAAGUUCAACAGCAACACAUUCAAACCAUGCCAUUCGAAAAUCUGGAGCUUGGCGAAAUCGCACGAAACUGCACUUCUUGGGACGCUGGGACCAAAUUCGGCAGUUUUGUCAGAUUCCAAAACUUCACUGGUAACAACGAGUCGACUUGUUGUUUUGACGGCCAUGUUAGUGAGACUGGUCUCUACAGCCUUCCGAAUCGGCCAUCUAACACUGCCAAUGUGCUUGUUGUUCCCCAUGGGCUCACCCUGACGAUCACCAUGACCAUCUCCAACCAAGUGCUGGAUGGAAACUCAGCAGAUCUCGUCGUUGGAUACUUCAGUGACGUGAUCGAGAGCUUGGCCAGUAAUGAGGCAGCCUGUGAAUACCUUCUCUAG